CCUAGCUUCGACGCCCUCUCCUACGUCUGGGGCCCACCCACUUCAUCCCACCACAUCCUCCUCAACGACCACAGCGUCCCCAUCACCAAAAACCUCCACACCGUCCUCCUCCGCCUCCGCAGCGACGAGCUACGCAUAUUAUGGAUCGACCAAUUAUGUAUCGACCAGAGUAACCUAGAGGAGAGAAGCAGCCAAGUCCGCCUCAUGGGUAAAAUUUAUGAGAGCGCGAAGGAGGUCGUUAUGUGGCUCGGCCCCGACCCCUCCGCCUCC